ACAGGCUCUAGAUUUCGCGCUAUUUAGCGAACACAAAUUUCACAAAUUGAAAACAAAAACAGGAAAAUGUCGCUUAAAAAGGCCCUGGACGAUUGCCUAAUUGACUUUGAUCGGCGCGUGCUUGUAACCGAUCUGCUCGAGGAAUACAAGUUGUCCUACAAAGAGGUGCAUGAGAUACUGGAGGCCUACGUCGGUGCCCAAGAGCCGGUCACCAAAUUUGACAAGAGAUUCCUUGUCCACGGAAAGCGGAAGAGUGGCGGAGGUGGAGCCAGUGCCGACGACGAGCUAUACUCCGUGGUUCGCGAAAGCCAGCUGCCGGAUUGGCUGGCCAAGCUACAGGAUGCCGAGUCGCAGUUGUACAGUGUGGAAAUCGCUGGGGGCUCCAAAUCGCCGGCCAUGAUCUUCAAGCCCAUGCAACAUUUGGAGGUGAAGCUGGCCAACGUGGAGCAGCGAGUGGGCAAGCCAGCUUCUGCCUCUGCUCGUACUACGAAUGGUGUGCACAAAACCAAUGGCGUGGCGCCCGAGACGUCCAAAAAGGCUGCCGUGAAAUCUGAGCCUGCCAAAACUUCACCAAUUAAAAAUGAAAAACUCUCCGCCAGCAAAGAUAAGUCACCUUCGGAUGUAAAGAAUACCUCGCCCAAAGGCCAGGCCUCGAAAACCAAGACAGGAUCAUCUGGUGCAGCCAAAAAGGGCAGCAUUAAUAGUUUCUUUACAGCAGCUGCAGCUGGAAGUAAGCAGAACGAUGUCAAGGCCACUCCCAGCAAGGCAUCUACUAGCACCAUGGACAAUUUCUUCAAAAAGCAACAACCGGGAGCAAAGAAGUCACCACCAAAAGACUCCAAAAAGCCCACUUCCGCUCCUCUUAAAAAAGAGGAACCCUCCACUGUUACGGCUAAAAAGCAAUCACCGGCAAACACUUCAGUGCAACUGUUCGAGGGCGAAAGUGGGGAUUCAUCCGACGAAGAGGAGAAGCUGGACAAGAUCCGACGCAAGGUUAUUGGUUCGGACAACGAGUCAGAUCAGGAGAAGCCCAGCACCAAUACCAAACGCCGGCGUAUUGUGGAUUCCGAGGACGAGGACGAUGAGCAGCCACCCAAGAAAACUGCCGAAGAGCCCGCAGUCGUUGAUGUCGAGGAAAUGGAAUCUGAGCCAGCCAACGAAACGUAUCUGGACGAUGAAGGUUUCGUCAUCACCCAGCGAAAGCCAGUUAAAGCCGCCCCGCCACCAGCCAAGAAGAAGGUGUCUCCCAAGGCUACAGCACCGGCAAACAAAAAGAAAUCUCCGCCUUCGACAGGAAAGGGGGCAGGCGAUGGGACAAAGACAAAACAAGCCGGCAUAAUGAGUUUUUUUACCAAGAAAUAAUGUCGAGCAUGAAGGGAAACAAGGAAUUAUAAUUAUAUAACUAAGUUUUUCCUUAGAAAAUAAGUAAAAAAUUAAUAAUA